CUCUAACUCGUGCGCCUAGGUAGGGUUGACCAUAGAGCGCGUAUGUAUCACCUUAGCCAGAAGCGGAGUGAGAACUAAGUAGGUUCUCUAACCCUUCGACGUAUGAAUACCCCCCCAACAAAAUCCUCCGCCCCUCAAUUGUGCACAGCGAUCAUUCGAUAGCGUCGCCACGGGGAGUAGAUGGGCAAGGUCCAGCGUCAAGGCCGCAAGCACCAUUCAAAAUUCGGCAAAUCGACCGUGGUCAGAAGGCAGCACAGCCAUCAGCAACCGGUGCAGCAGCGUCCCGCCAAAGUUGCAGCGCCACCUGGCGGAGGAGGCCAACAUGUUCCGCCAAAGGCACGGGUGAAGGUGCCUUUUACCAGGCAUGACAAUGUGCUCCUUGUCGGUGAAGGAGACUUUUCGUUCUCGCUGUCGUUGAAACUGCAGCACAAAGUGCACCAGAUCGUAGCCACCUGCUACGAUUCGACAGAGGUGCUCCAGAGCAAGUACCCAGAGGUCCAGAAAACUACAGCACAGCUCCAGUCGUCUACUCGCGGUAAUAGUGUCCCCCCUUUACGACAGGAGACAAAUGAAGGCGACGAGAGCACAGACGACAAAAAGGACGAAUGGAAAGGGUUUUCUCCGUCGCCGCCCAAUUCCCCCAUUCACGACCAAGUCGAUGACUCAGACAGACCCCUAGGCGAUGGCAAUGUCUACAUCCUCUACGGAAUUGAUGCAACCAAGCUUUCUUCGGCGCACAAGAAGGCCCUGAGGCCGUACGCUCCAUUCACGAAGAUUGUCUUCAACUUCCCACAUGUCGGGGGUCUAAGUACAGAUGUCAACAGGCAGGUUAGGUACAACCAAAAACUGCUGGUAGGAUUUUUCCAGUCGGCCAAGUCGUUGCUCUCCUCUCGAAACCGCCCGGCAGCGAUACGACUACUGGCAACGGAGGAUGAAAUGGGUGAUUACAAUGAUACCUCAGAGACAUCAGAGAGUUCUGACCCUGGCGCUGUGAAUGGCCAGAUUCUUGUCACCCUGUUUGAAGGUGAACCUUACACGUUGUGGAAUAUCCGGGAUUUGGCCCGUCACUGUGGCCUGAAGGUGGUAGAGAGCUUCAAGUUCCCGUGGUCUGCCUAUCCCGGGUACCGUCAUGCGAGGACUGUUGGGGACAUCACCACUGGCAAGGACAGGAGCGACGAAGGGAAGAGGAAGGGCGCGUGGAGAGGAGAGGAGCGCGAUGCACGCUGCUAUGUGCUGGAGGACCAGAAUGCACAGGAAGGGGAUGCAGUGUCUCAGAGACGGAAGAAGAGGCGGAAGCAGGGGGAUGAAGAGGAUGACAGCGACUGACACCACCGUCUGAAGAUAUGACCAUGAGAGCAUGUACCUCGUAGUUGGCUGGAGUAUUCAAUGUCUGUUUGUAGAGCAGCAGCCGCG